AUGAUAUGGAUGCAGCAGGAAGCUCAGCUACCUUCAGAUCUCUCUGGAGGCGCAGCUGGACCGCGGGUGUCCUUUGCUGGAGUCGAUGAGCGAGAGAUUGAGAAAAUCCUGGGGCCAGUACGUCACGGAAGCGUCACUACGCCAGACGACGUCCCCGGUCGAGCAGUAGGUUCCAACGAAGGAACAUGGCACCAAAGUGGAAGCACUCCAGAUUUGGGUACAAACCCGUAUACAUCAUUGGAAGGUGCAUAUGCCCGGACGGACAGCGUGAUGGGGCGCCAACCCCGGGAAUCCGUCACGAUGGCUGUAGAAUCAAAGGAAAUGCCUACAGAUCAAAGAAGAGCUCGUGAGUCUUCUCGAAUGGGGAGAAACGACGAGAGCCUGCUGCCACAGUCUACGGAGUUUGCGUAUGACACAGCUGCGGAGAGCGGCGGUGAUGGAGACCGACAUCCACCGCCUGCGGAAGAUACACUUGCUAGUUCGGCCGCUGCAGUUGCUUCUGUCAGUGAAGUGGAGGGAAGCGCUUUCCGUUUUUCAAGAUCCCAACAACUUAGCAUCAGGAACGAAUCCAGUCAAGUCCGUGAGUCAAGGGACCUAAGAGUGUCUUUUUCUACUGAAAGGCGUCAGGGGCCGAUUUCGGAGGAACAGGCUCGCACGAUGGCGGGGGCAGACGUCGAUCAACAUAGACGAAGCCAGUAUGGGGCAUCGUAUGAAAGACCAGAUCAGAUUAGCUUUGCAAAUCCUGUCGCAGACAGCCGAAGUAGGCAUACUUCUCUAACAGGUUCCGCACUCCAGAAGUAUCCGGACCAAGAAGGCCCUGAGUGUCAGACUGAAGGACCAACAUGUGAGCCGCAUCCUUCUUCCCUGGAGACGCAGAAGUCCGCGGCAGAAAAGCAUUCUGAGCACCGGGUAACAAUUAUCGAUCCCGCUUGCAGCAAUGCCGGUAACGAUGGAUUUGGAUCUACACACUGGUCAUCUUCUCCUGGUGUUUUGUGCGGCGAAGUGCUUGGUGGCGGGCUUGCUGGCCAAGCAGACUUUGGUGAAGACCAAGAAAACGCUAUCCCAGGCCAAAUCCCCGAUGCCGGGAGCGAGAAUCCAACCCCAUCGCCGAAAAUGAUGGGCGGCGUCAGACUUUCAGAACAUUACGAAAGAGAUGAUGACAGUCCAGGAUUAGUUGCAAAGGCAGAUGCAGACGCUGCAGGAGACGCAGGACAACACGCGUCCUUACAGUCCUCACCAGCGACGCAGCACCACCAUCAUCGGCCCUCCGUAAAAGUCGUCGUAACCUCGGACUUGGAGGAAAAGGAGAGUCGAACAGGUGCCAAACGGCCGACCUUCUUCGAAACCCUUCUCAAGGAUGGCGGAAUAGACUACGGCAUAGACUUGAGCAGGCUUGACAAACUUCGAGUAGUUACCUUUUCCGGGGGUCGCGUUUUCGAUGCCGUCGAACUGGAGGAGAACGGCAUCGUCGUGAAGGAUCAAAAACGAUUUGUACCUUUCGAUAGGUUGGAGGAAUUCAUUCGCGUCAUCGUAGAGGACAUGGAAAAGAUGAAGCGACAGGUGUGUGAAUAUUUGGUUCGCGGACACCAGCGUCCGGGAAACCUUUUUGGCAUCUUGCGUACUUGA